UACGACUAAUCAAGCGCGCUCAUUUGUUUACACUUUUUUAGGGUGUGACAUUUUAGAGUAUUUUGCCUUUAAAAUGAUACGGGUUUCAAUUCCAAGUUAUCAAAAAGUGGAAGGAAAUGGUGAUAGUUAUACAGCAUACAGAGUGGAUGUAUUCCAAAGUGGCAGCUGUCAUACCCUACAGAAGAGAUACUCAGAGUUUGAGGAAUUACACAAACAGCUAAAGAAGCUUAUAGAAACCCCGGAAUUCCCACCCAAAAAAGUUCUUAAGUUUAACCAGAAGAUCGUAGAACAAAGACGGGUACUUUUAGAGGCCUAUCUCCAGGGUGUGUUAGAGGGUGAAACUAUACCAAGAUCUUUCUUGAAAUUUUUAGAAGUAAAUUUACCUAGAUCUGGAAGCUUUGAUUCACUGGAUGUAGGUCUAUCAGAACCGGCAGUGAGUCAUCAGCCCAUGGUGGGAUUUAUCAAAGACUCUUUUCUUCAAGAAAAUUACAGAAGUAUUUUACCAGAUAUUGUGUCUCAGGGUGUACAAAAUGGCCUUUAUUCAUUCCACCAGGAAGAUUAUCUAGGAUUGGUCAGAUGACAGGCUGAAGUUGGACAAGGGAAUUUAAUUUAUUGGCAGAUAUGUUUGUAGAGACAGUGUUGACUUCAAUCAAAAUAUGUACCAGAUCAUGUGACAUUUAAUAACUUACAGCAGCUCUGUUAUAACAUAUACUUUAAGUUGAUAGAAUUUCAAUUAUGUUAUAACAUACAUUUAAG